UUAGAAAUUUAAUUUUUGGAUUAAAUAUUUUCAUUGGGUGCAAGUCCUUCGUUAGCUAGCAUUGCAAGCAAGUGCAGUAAAGUUGUUAGUUGUUUAUAAUGAGCUGUAUUAUCUACACCUUUUGUAUCCUGGUGCUAAGCCUAACCGCUCCCGGUGACUGCGGUGUACUGAAAGAAAGGACUAUCAGGAAUACAAUAAACUUGGCUUUGGCUGACAGUCCUUGGAAAGUUCCGGCUGAUGUGACCGUCGAGAGUGAUGGUCAGUUGACAAUAGAACCAGGAGUUGAAGUUCUCUUCAGUCCAACAGUGGGGAUCACCGUAAAGGGCGCUCUUAUCGCCAAGGGGACUUCAGAUAAAAGAAUAGUAUUCACCGGAAGUCAGUCUUCGACAGAAGGGGGCGUUAGUAUCUCCUCUAAGGUGCGUCUUGUAGAUGGCGCUUCUGUUAUGGAAGGACGAGUUCAAAUCUUCCAUAAAGGUAAAUGGAGAUCUGUGUGCACCAAUUCAAAAAACUGGACAGAUAUGGACUUGAAUGUCGUCUGCUUUCAGCUAGGCUUCUCUCGAGGUUAUGUGUAUCAUUGGUUUGGUAGGCCUAACAACGACUCCAGCCAGCUUCUGUACGCUACUCCAAACUGCACUGGAGAUGAGGCUGAAAUCACAGACUGCCCAAACUGGAAUGAACGACAACUGGGCAGUGGAGUUUGUGAUUAUCACCUGGAUAUUGGAGUCCGCUGUGCCCCUAUGUUGCAAAAUGAUACUUCCCAUCACUGGCGGGGCAUUCUCUUUCAAAAUGCCAAAGCAACUCAGAGAAAAUUAAACAAUUUACCUAUGGAUCGAUGGGACUCUUCUUCCUCACUGGAGUACGUGACCAUAAAGUAUGCAGGACGAAAUUCCGACGGUGGCGCCACCUCUGCUAUAGAGAUUAUCGGGAACCCUCCUACUCUAAUAGGAUUAGAAGUUCGAUGGAACGCCUUUAAUGCACUCAACUUUACUGAGCCCAGAGAAGGAGUUAAUGUCGAGAAAAGCGUGAUAGCAGAAAACAGAGGAUAUGGGAUUUAUAUUAACAGCAGUACCGGUAGGGGUCUACUUACGGACAUUGAGCUCUAUGGCAACGGCGGGGAUGGAGUUCGUUAUGUUUUCCAUGACAACCAAGUCACCAGCCAAAAAGAGUUUUGUAAAUAUGGUGACCUAGGAAUGAAUGAAGUGUAUCCUCUAUUUCUCACCCAUAAGCAGGAACGUGACAUGGUGCACAACCUCAAAUGUCGAAGAGUGUUUAAAGUGGCCCAUUACCAAGGCCAGCAAGUUACUGUUCAUUUCUCCAGCAUGGAGACGGACGAGCUGGAUGAGAAUAAAGCUGCUACCAUCUCUGUGUACGACAGUCAGGUGGAAGACUCCAAAAAGCUGCUGGCCAAGUUUAAGGUCUUGAAUAACACUGGAACACAAAGUUUUACCAGCACCAAGGGCAGUAUAUUUGUUCACUACGAGCCUAUAAAUGAAAGAAUGGUAUUCUUUUCUGUAGAGGUCGUAGUUGACUUUGGCAAGUCCCAAGACAUGAAAAUCGUUGGUUGUAACAUCACAGGAAACAACGGCAGGGGCGUAGCUGUGGAGAACAUUAGAAGUGGGAUUUCUCUUAAAGAUACUCACAUUUCUUACAAUUCCUAUGUGGCAGGCUUGCACGUGCUUUAUGGUGCAGGAGAUGUUGUCAUAAACAACAGUGUGAUCAGUCACAAUUCCAGAGAUGGAGUCAAUGUGUCUUACUCCGGAGGAUUCCGUCAUUUUAACCAAUCAAUCAUCCAGAGUAAUGAAGGUAGUGCAGUUGUAGUAUGGAUCAAUGAGACAUCCAAUAGGCUUGCGUUUAACUUUACUUCUCAUUUUACGUUUCUUCACGUACUUCAAAAUGGAGAAUUUGGUUUAUUGUUAGGGAACGUGUGUCGCGCUGACUCGUUUGUUAACAUCAGCACUAACUCCUUCCAAGGAAAUAAGGAAGCUGCUGUAAAAUUUCUCUCGUGCUGGGAUCUCCAGAAUACUCACAAAGCUACACUCCUUGUAAACCACAAUAACUUCGGUAGUAGCUCCAGACUAGCUCUCCACCUAGCUCCCGCCUUCCACGUGGAAGCUGUUGUAUCUUAUAACCUGUUCACAGAACACGAAACCGGGACCAUCCUGGUUUCUAACAGACAUUUGGAAGGAUACGAAACCGUUGAGACAAAAGUAGAGAUCGUGUACAAUACUUUUGAGAAGAACAAGGGCUGCUAUGUUGCGAACAUAGGACUGUUAGAUGGAGCUUCUUUGCAAGAAUUAAUUUUUUCUAAAAACAUUCUCAAAGAUAAUCACAUAAUUGAACUCUUUCCAGCUUUGAAACCUCGUUCCCGAGUAGCAGCUGUUGUUGCAGUGUCCUCUAGUAAUACCAAGGUGGUGAGGAACCAUCUGGAAAACCCAUUAUCAACAUAUGAAAUGGGUUCACAUCUAGAAUCGAACAGAAAUGCUAUAAAUGCAUCAUUAAACUAUUGGGGAAGUUAUACAAAAAACCAAGUACGUGAGCUUUAUGAUCGCAUAUUUGAUCGCAAAAAUCGUUACAACAUUGCACCAAUAGAAUUUCUGCAGUUUCUCCUUUACCCCAAUCUAGAAGGAGAUGAAAUCAUUUCCAAUGUGGAUGAAGUGGAUAAGAUUACAUGGUAUAAGGAUGAUAAUAAUAUUGGGGGUGAAGUAAGGGGUCAUGAACGGUUAUCUCCAGGAACAUACCAAGUGCACAAAGACAUUUUUGUUAAGCGUGACAGCAGCCUAAAAAUAGAACCAGGUGUGGUACUAAACUUCCAACAAUCCAUUGGAAUGAUGGUUCAAGGUAAACUAGAAUGCAUUGGUAGUAAUACACAAAAAAUUAAUUUCAAACUUUCUGAAACCAAUCAAUUUAGCCCCUACAUUAGAUUUUCAAAUAAAACAGAAUUCACGAAAAACACCAAAAGCUCCAAAAUCCAAUCUAGCAGAGUAAAAGAGAGAACAAGUACCAAAAACACCAAAGCCGAAACGUACAAUGGAUUGAACAGCACAGUUAAUGCCAAAAAUUCCAAAGUUCAGUUCUCUGUUGAGGCAAAAGGCAAAAGAAACAGUAGAAAUGAUAAAGUAAGACUGUCCAACGGGAUGGAAGGAAGACUGGAAGUACAAAUAAAUAAACAAUGGGGAAGUGUUUGUCUAUAUGGUUGGGACAUGGAGGAUGCUGCUGUUGCUUGUCAUCAGAUGGGUCUUGUACUUCAUCCUCAGGAUUGGUUACUUGAAAAGUCUCUAUUUGUAGAUCCCUAUGAUCAGAUGAAGGUUCUCUUAAGCAAUGUCCAGUGUACUGAAUUAGACACUGACGUGACAACCUGCAAAGCAGAAGGACCAGAAGACAUGGAAAAUUCCUGCACGUUAGCUGUAGGGAUGAAAUGUUACCAGGCAACUUGGUCUGGAAUUCGUAUAGGUAUGGCAGCAAUGGAGAGUUACCUGGAACACGUGGUGGUAGAAGGAGCAGGUUUGUUGGAUUACACCACUCAUGCAUUCAGGCCAGCUGUGCAGGCUGACCUUUAUCACCAUAGUUUUAAGUACAUGAGUAUACAUAGUAAUACAGAUUCAGGACUUGGAUUGAUGUGGAAUGAUAUAUUCCAUUCUAAAAGCAACCAGAAAAUUAGUGAUUCUGAAUUCCGUAACAACGGACUUCAUGGAAUUAUUACACGUUCUCAAGGAAUAGAUAUUAAAAAUAACAUAUUUGCAUAUAACCAGGAGAGUGGAAUUCAUUAUGAUCCAGUUUUUGAAAAACUGCAACACAGAGACCUCCUGAGUUGGAUUGACCCUCCUAAGGAUCAACGUGUUACAAGUAUUGAACGUGGUAAAGACAUAGAAAUAACAGGAGCAGAAAAAAAGUAUAUGUUUAUAGAUCCUUUGUUAUUUCCAGAUGAUAUUACUUUCCAGUUAAGAACGGACAGUGGAAGAAGAAUAGGAAUAUUGGUGCUCAAUCCAAUUAGUACAGAGUCCUCAGAAGAAGUGAUGAUUUAUGGUGCUUCUGAACCAAGAGAUGAUGUUCCCUACUGGGAUCUAAAGAAAAACUUAACUUCCUUUCCUUUACGAAGCCCUGGCUCCAUCCUCACUGUCAGAUACAAGAAAAACAAUACCCCUGUUGGAACUGCUAUCUUACUCCUCUCCUCAGUAGAAGUUGAUAUUGACUUCAACAGUGACAUGGUGUACAAAGACGAAAAUCUUUUUAUCAGGAUUCAUUCAAAUAAGAUCGACAGCUGUGGAAAGGGUAUUUCCAGUAACCAUUACAAUCGGGAUCUUAGCGAACAUGGAGAUCACUUUAACCGUUAUAACAACGAAACGCUUCUUAUAACAGAUAACGAGGUCUCAGGGAGUAAAAAAGGGAUUCUUCACGUAAUCACCCCUUUUUGGGAUCCUCUGAUCUCAACACUAGCCGAAAUCAACUAUACUUUAGUCAAUAAUGCUUUCACUAAGAACGAGGGAGGAAUCGUUCAGUACAGCCGGGACAUUCGAAAUUCUAACAAUUUGUUUCAUUGGGUGGUGAAUGACACAAGGUUUGAAGGUAAUCUUGCUGGUGGUAUCAACAUUCGACUUCCUUAUGUUUCACACUACAAUGAAAACUAUACUCAUUCUUUUGUAAUGCAUAACAGCUCCUUUGAAAAGAACGACAAGUUCGACUUUUUAAUAGAUGGACACUUUGCGCGAAUUAACAUGUCAACUAAUAAGUGGCUGGAAAAUAACUGUAAAUUAGGCCUGCUAUCUGUUUCUGGUAUGGAGAAAGAGAUGAAUAUACAGAACAAUAAACUGGAAGAAAAUAUUUGCCAUUUUGUUGUUCAGUUUCAGAUCCAAAGUCAUUCUGAUAAGUUUGGUGUUGUGAAAGCUGUUUUUGAGAAAAACAUUUUAAAGAAUAAUAAAGACAACCAAGAUGGGUUCACUACAGGCACUUAUCAUCCAGCAAGUUAUGCCCUAGCUAUGCGUGGUGUCCAGCAGGUCAAUAUCACUCGAAACAUUUUGUCUAACCCUUCAUUACAGUUUGAGUUCCUGGCUGGUGUUCGUACUGGUUCUGUUGACAAUACACUAAACGUAGCCCAGAACUGGUGGGGAACUACUAACGUUACAGAAAUUCGAGAGAAAAUCUUCGACUUUGAUGAUUGGAACAGCUUCGCUGUAGCUGACUUCAGCCCAUUUCUUGGACGUGAAAGUAUAGAUGCUGGUGGAACUCCUGCUGAUAUCAAAGACACGUCAAUUGACAUCGAUAAGGCUUUUGGAGGAAGACUGUACAAAUCUUUAACUUUAAAAUCCAGAAGUAAGCCAUACGUUAUCAAAUCGGACUUGACCGUAAUGCCAGGUGUGAAGUUGACAAUCCAGCCUGGUGUCUUGUUAGAGUUCUAUCCUAGUGUAGGACUCUUGGUCCUAGGCGAGCUGGAUGCAAAGGGUACAAGGAGUGUUCCAAUAGAAAUGAGACCUGCCAAGAUGGUGGACUCUACCUUGAGAUUCCGUCGACAAGUUGGGAGUCCGAACGUCCGGCUUUGUGUUUCUCCCACUUGUGGAAAAACCAGAAGGGAUGGUUUCUUGGAAAUUUUCAACACUACUACUUCCCAAUGGUCACCGGUGUGUGAUCCACGUUUUACAGAAAGAAAUGCUGAGGUAGUGUGUAACGAACUUGGAUAUUCUCGAUUGAAUGUUUAUAUGAAACGAGGACGUCGCUAUGAUUACGGGCCAACAGAGAUUGGAAAGGUCAGGUCAUGGCCUUACCCAUUAGAGUGCACAGGAGAAGAAAAUUUUUUGCAAGAUUGUGAGAAGCGCUUAAAUGGAUAUGGAGAACAUAUGUACAGUUGCUCUUAUGAGGGAGAUUAUGUCUUCAUCUUUUGUGGAGAAGAUAAUAUUGAAGACACCAAAGAGCACUGGGGAGGAAUUCGGUUCUCCAAUUCUAACUUUGAAUUUACUAAAACAGGCAUUCAAGAUCCUUCUCAGUUACCAGCAUCCAAACUGGAACACGUGCGUAUUACAGGAGCUGGAGUUCUACAUGGACAGAAGAGUGGAGCUCUACAAGCGGUGUUACGUGACAUUGACAUGUACGACGUUACAGUAUCGCAUAGCUCGUCUCAUGGAAUAGAACUUAUUUCGCCCCCUAGCAACAUAUGCAUGAACAAAUCUGUGGUCCAAGAUAAUCUUGGAGUUGGAAUAAACUUUGUUACCUUAUCAGGUGAAUCGUCUGAGUCUGAAGACUUAUCAUACAACCCUUUACAGAUAGUUAAUAUUCCAUAUCAUAUAUUUGGCAUGGUUGAUAUCUGCGACACAAACAAAGAACUGAAGGUGGAAGAGCGACUCCUGGUGUACUACAAGUACGAUAAUCGUCCAGUGGACUGCAUCAAGAUAUUCAUCAGUUCACACAGUGCUAAACCCAUUGGAUUCCGUCUCCUCCAGUCUCACCUGUUCAAUGCUACCCAGUACACUCCGCAGUCGGACGCUAUAUACUUACAUGAUGGAGACAUUUUCAACUUCACCAUUCCUCUGCUGGGAAAAGUGACCAUUGGUCAGAGCAAAACGGAGGGAGACUCGAAGUUUUACAGAUCAUCUGGUGAUACGCUAAGUGUACAGCUUCAUGCUACAGGUGCGAGUGAAGUCCACGGAUUUAUAGCUGAAGUUGUAACGCUGCCCUUUGCUUCUUACAACGUCCAUAACUUAUAUCACAAUAUCACCCAAUCCAAACUGAAGAACAACCAACAGGGAGCACUUUCCUACCGCAGUGCCGGAGAGAGCACUCCUCGAAUUACCCUCUCUUACAAUCGCUUUGAAAAUAAUGGACUAGAACUAUUUGGAAAUUUCACGACGUCAGAUAGCGCUGUCUUACUUAAUGUCCAGAAUCUACAGGAUUUGGAGUUUCACAAUAAUCUCAUCCGGAACAACCAAGGAGGACUCCACCUGGUGGUGGAUGCUAAAUACGCAGUGGCUUCCUUGAAUGGUCGUAUCAUCAACAACCUGUUUCUAGGAAACAAGAAUCGGGAAGCCCUUCUGACCCAAGGUGGUGAUACAGGAUCUUAUCAAUUGGUGCAUCUACAUAACAAUUACUUCACUCACAAUUAUGCCCUCUACCGAGACAAUAUUGUACUAGCUCAAGUGAAAGCUAAUGUCAGCCGGAAUACCGUAGUUGACAACGUAGGAUUCCAUCAGGUACGAAUGGAAGGAUUCGAGGGAAUAGGGAUUUCUCCACAAGUUUGUGUAUCCAAUUGGUUCUGGAAUAACAGGGCUACCGAACUGCACGAGCAAAGCACUAUCCUCGCCAUGCAUGCGGGGCAGCACUAUGAGAACAACUAUUUGGUCAACCCAGAAAGCGACUUCGAGAUGUCUGCUUUCAACAGAUCACUACCGAAAGAACAGAGAGAAAGUCCUAUUGUUGCUAUCAAUAACUGGUGGGGAUUUAACAAAAGCAGCGCUGUGGCGAGUCGAAUCAAGGACAGUAAAGACUUGGAGGACUUGUUAGAAAUUCAGUUCGAACCUUUUCACAUGACCAACUCAUCGGUUCUGAGCGGAAAAUGUGCGGGAGGGUGGCAGGUGAUAAAAGACACGUGCUUUCUCUAUGUCGGUGGAACCAUGACUUAUUCAGAGGCGAGGGACUUCUGUCAGUUAAACAAUGCAUCCAUGCCGUUUGAGAAACAAAAUCGUCGUCAGCUCCAGGAAUUCAUUAGAAGUCAACAGCUCUACUUUGAAUGGGACAUUCACAGGGUGUGGGUUCAGGCCAUCGACAUUCCGAUCUCUCAGUGUGCUGUUUUGUACCGUGAAAAGGUUUAUAGUCAUCCUUGUGACGAUUCACUCCCUUUCUUGUGUGAGAGAGAUCCAAACAUAUUAGUAUCUAUCCAAUACUGGUACACGAGCGUCAUAGGAACCGCCUUCGUCUCCGUGAUGACAGCAAUGUCCUUUCUUGUAAUACUGCUUGCUCUUUGUGCUCUCUGGAAAUCUAGACACCGUCUCCAGGAGAAGAAGAGACGACAAGAUAAGCUGCACACAGGGCUGGGCCACGCCAGGAGGAGUGAGCGAAGAACUAAGGUACCUACAAGUAACAAACAGCAAGUUAAAGUGAAUAACUUGGAUUCGUUGGAGAGAGAACCCACCACUAAAUUCUUGGAUGAAAAUAAGUUUGUGAUAUAUGAAACUAGGAAUCCAGCAUUGGAUUCAGAUGAUUCAGACGACUAUGGUAGCUUCACUGACUCUAAAGUUGAGAGCGAGGCGACAGACAGCAUCGUUCCGAUAAGCCCCACCUAUUGGGCUUAUGGGGAACCUUUCCCGUUUGACCAGUUGAAACAACACUCAACAAAUAACGGUUCUGAGUCAUGGUCUAAUAGUACAGCAUCAACCUUAGAGCUCAAAAGAGCCGCGUCCAAGUCUCCAAUUGAGAAUCGGAGGGAAAAUCUAUAUGACAUACCAUCAGUCAAAUCUUCCCACUAUGGAAGUAGACAGUCCAAUUUAAGUAAUAAGCCCACCCUUGAAACGUCUAUCUAGAGCUUAUGUGAACAAAUACUGUUGAAGACGAUAUACGUCGCUGGGCAUCCUCAACUAAUGUUCGUGUGUGUGUGUGGAAGAGAAACUAAACACAAGAAUCAUGAUUUCCUCUCUCCAAGAGAGAGAGCUAGGUCUUUAUAUCAUUGCUUUUUUCACCCAAAUGUUGUAUAUAAUACUAUAAUCUAUUUUCUUUUUUUGGUCACAGUCACACGAGAAUUUUUUCCAAACGUUACAAAAUGGAACUUACUUCGGGUGUUGGUUGUUAAACGCUAACAAUUAUUGUUUCACGUCUUGCCAAUAGAAUUGCUGUCGUUUUUAAAAAGCGAAUUACCUUUUUCUAACUACAUUUAUUGAUUUUAUUAAUACUGUUACUUAGUCGAGGGCAACAUUACAGUUAAAGCAGUGCUAUGAUUGGCUGAAGAUAUUUUGACUUAGGAUCGGUUACUCCAAUCAGGAAAACACACUACUAAAGUGUAGACAGUAUUAUUAAUUGUGCGUUCUGUUUUAAAACUUGCUUGCCCUAGUUAUACAAGGUUAAGUGAAGGUGUUAACUCUUUAGUUUGUUCAUGUAGUUCUCGAGUUCGAUCCUGGGAUCAGCAAGAAGAUGGAUACCAACACAUAUAUAUAGACUUUACCAACAUUUUUACUUCACAUUACCUAUGACGUGUGUAUAAACUUAUGUGUACCCUUUUUUUUCUGUAUAGUGGUGAAUCUUUCAAUAUAUUGCUGAGUAACAUCUGUCCAACAAUUGAUUUUCGUACAACUAACAAAUGUACUUCUCGAGUGUAUACAACAAUCACUUCUGUAUGGUUCUUUGUAAUGAGAAAAUAAUAAAAUUGAUUUUAGUACAA